AUGAACAUCAUGAACGCAGAACGAAGCCAAAAUAGUGUUGUCUCAAGAGUCAAAGCAUUUGAGGGUCAGACAAAUACAGAAACCUCAGGACUGCCCAAGAAGCCAGAAAUUACUCCCCGCACAGUACCCCCAAGGCCUGCUGUUUCCUCAGGGAAACCCUCUGUGGCUCCCAAGCCAGCUGCUAACAGAGCUUCUGGAGAAUGGGACUCCUGGACAGAAAACAGACUCAAGGUGGCCUCGCGGGAAGGGCUCGUCCCACAUCCUCCACCUCAAGAAGCAGACAGUAUCCCAGUAACCAAACCUGAAUUGCCAAAGAAACCAAAUCCUGGCCUUAUACGAAGCAUUAAUCAUGAAAUUCUGGGAAGAGGGAUGAUGGCCAAGGGCCCUGAUGGUGGAAAGAAAGUCCCAACUCCUGCUCCACGGCCUUUGUUGCCGAAGAAAUCAGUUUCCUCAGAAAACCCUACCUGCCCUUCACUGAAACCGGUCACUGUUCCUCCCCGACUCUCAGUGGCAUCCCAAGCCAAAGCGUUCAGGUCACUGGGAGAAGGACCCCUGGCCACCCCCCCAGUUCCAGUUCUGCAAAGCAAGCCCCCAGGGGACAUCGAUCUUAUUAGCUUUGAUGAUGAUGUUCUACCCACCCCAUUGGGGAAUCUGGCUGAGGAAUCUACCACUUCAGAGAUGGUUCUGGAUCCCUUUCAGCUCCCCACAAAAACAGAACCAACAAAGGAACUAGCAGUUCAACCAGCACCCACCAGGAAGCCCACUGUGAUUCGAAUUCCAGCCAAAUCAGGAAAAUGUUUACAUGAGGAUCCACAAAGUCCACCUCCUCUCCCUAUUGAAAAACCCAUUGGAAACACUUACAGUACAGUAUCUGGAAAACUCAGUAAUGUUGACAGAACCAGAAACUUGGAAUCAGAUCAUGCUGGUCAAGCAGGAGGUUCUGUGCGAGGACCCCCAAGGUUGCCACCAAGACCUAUAAAUGGAAAAGUAAUACCAGUUCGACAGCCUCCUCCCAAGGGGGCCCCUGAGAGACCACCUCCCCCAAAACUUUCUGCAACCAGAACAUCAUGUAAAAAACUGCCUUUUAAUCGGUCCUCUUCUGACAUGGAUCUUCAGAAAAAACAAAGUAACUUGACAUCUGGACUCUCAAAAGCCAAGAGUCAAGUCAUUAAAAAUCAUGAUCCGGUGCUACCCCCUCGCCCCAAACCAGGACACCCUCUCUACAGAAAAUACAUGCUGCCCGUGCCUCAUGGAAUUGCCAGUGAAGACAUUGCCUCAGAAAACCCCAGAGAACUCUCUUGUAAGGGUGGGGACGUCCUUGUAACGCUGAAGCAGACUGGAAAUAAUUACUUGGAAUGCCAAAAGGGAGAAGACACUGGCAGAGUUCACCUGUCCCGGCUGAAGAUUAUCACCCCACUUGAUGAACAUCUUCGAAACCAACCAAUAGAUCCAAGCCACUCUCAGAAGCCUGUUGACAGUAGUGCUCCUCAUGCUGUUGUUCUUCAUGAUUUUCCAGCAGAGCAAGUUGAUGAUUUGAAUCUCACUUCUGGAGAAAUUGUUUAUCUUCUGGAAAAAAUAGAUACAGAUUGGUAUAAAGGGAAAUGUAGAAACCAGACCGGUCUAUUUCCUGCCAACUACGUCAAAGUAAUUAUUGAUAUUCCAGAAGGAGGAAAUGGGAAAAGAGGACCAGUUUCAUCUCAUUGUGUUAAAGGCUCAAAAUGUGUUGCUCGGUUUGAAUACAUUGGAGACCAGAAGGAUGAGUUAAGUUUCUCAGAGGGAGAAAUUAUUAUUCUUAAAGAGUAUGUGAAUGAGGAAUGGGCCAGAGGUGAACUUCGAGACAGAACUGGGAUUUUCCCCCUUAACUUUGUGGAACUUGUGGAGGAACAUCCUACCUCUGGUGCAAAUGUUUUAAAUUCAAAGGUACCACUGAAGACCAAAAAUGAAGAUUCCAACUCAAUUUCUCAGGAUAAUAGUCUUUCUGGAGAGUGGUGCGAAGCUCUUCACAGUUUUACAGCAGAGACCAGUGAAGACUUGUCCUUCAAAAGGGGAGACCAGAUCCUGAUUCUUGAGCAUUUGGACUCCGACUGGUACAAGGGCAGACUGCAUGAUAGGGAGGGGAUCUUCCCAGCAGUUUUUGUACGGCCCUGUCCAGCUGAGGCAAAAAGUCUGUCAGCCACAGCACCGAAGGGGAAGAAGGCCAAAGCCUUAUUUGAUUUCCAUGGGGAGAAUGAAGAUGAACUUUCCUUUAAGGCUGGAGACAUAAUAACAGAGCUGGAAUCUGUAGAUGAGGAUUGGAUGAAUGGAGAACUAAUGGGAAAAUCUGGUAUAUUUCCCAAAAACUACGUUCAGUUUCUACAAGUCAGCUAA